AUGGCUCUAGGUAAUAAUGAUUGGUUUUUAAAUUUCACCACUCCUAAGCUGUUGCAUUUAAAUUUCAUUGCUUCUGAUCAUUGCCCUGUUUUGCUUAUUACUGAUCCUAUUCCUAGACAUUUAUGGAUACCUUUUAAGUUCUUUAGAAGUUGGAUUGAUCAUGGAAAUUUUAAUAAUACUCUUGAGAGAUCUUGGAAUUUAGAAACUCAUGGUAGCCCUGCUCACAGGGAUAGACAUGACAUUAGUACUUUGCUUACAAUUCAUUUUAGUGAUGUUGCCAGCACUUCUAAUCCUAUUCUGCCUGAUAAUGCUUUUUAUAUAUUGCCAAGAAUUAUACUUGAUGUUGAUAAUGUUAUGUUAACUGCAGCCCCUAGUGAGCAUGAAAUUGAAAAUGUAGUCAAGCAUAUGCUUGCUUGGAGUGCACCCGCCCCUGAUGGCUUUCAAGCAGGGUCUUACCAAACACAGUGGCAACUAAUUGGUAAUGAUAUCAUACAUGUUGUUCAAAGAAUAAGGCCUUUUCUUAAGAAACUUAUCUCACCUUAUCAGGCUGCUUUUGUCCCAAGGAGAGCUAUUCAUGACAAUAUCAUUAUUGCACAUGAAAUUAUUCAUUCUAUGAAACACAAGGAAGGUUUGAAUGGCACCAUGACACUUAAAUUAGAUCUGUCAAAAGCCUUUGGCAGGCUAGAAUGGAACAUUUUGAUUAAAGUUCUUGAUAGCUUUGGUUUUAGUAAAGAUUUUUGUAACCUAAUAAUGCAAUGUGUCUCUACUACAAGUAUUAGUGUGUUGCUUAAUGGCUCACCAUGUGAUCAAUUUGAACCAACUAGAGGUGUUAGACAAGGAGAUCCACUGUCUCCCUAUCUUUUUAUCUUGGCCAUGGAAUACUUAUCUAGCUCUUUGUUAGUAGCUGAAACUAAUAAGACUAUCACUGGCAUUAAAGUUUCUAGGAAAGCUCCACCUAUAUCUCAUUUACUUUUUGAUGAUGAUAUUCUUAUAUUUGGUCAAGCUAAUAUGCAACAUGUUGAUCAUAUUUUACACACUUUGCAGGAAUUUAGGAAACUUUCAGGUCAGAUACUUAAUUUUGAUAAGUCUUAUGUGUAUUUCAGUAACAAUCUUAGUCCUAAUGAUUGUGUCAUUCUUGCUCAGGCUCUUAACAUGUCUUUGGUUUCUGAUUCUGAAAAAUAUUUGGGAGCUCCAUUACUUCUUGGUCAUUCUAAGAUUAAGUCGUUUGAUCCUAUUAUGCAAUCCUUUGAAGCUAGAUUAACAAUUACAUUGGCACCACUAUCAAUCAAGCAGAUUCUUACUGAACAAGAUGAGUUAUGGGUGCAAAUUCUGAAUGCUAAGUAUUUUUAUAAUAGUAGCAUUCUUCAUCUGCAAAAACUUAAUGAUAAUUGUUCUUGGAUUUGGAGGAAUAUUUAUAAAUGCAUUGAGAUUAUAAAGAGAAAUAGUAUUUGGGAUGUAAGAUGUGGAACUAAGGUUAAAAUUUGGCUUGAUAAUUGGGUCAUUGGUCUAUAUCACCCUCCUUUACCAGCUGAAGGUUUGAUUAACACAAUUUCUUAUAUUUAUGUCUCUGAUUUGUUUAUACAUGGUACUAGGGAUUUGAAUGUGCACCUGGUUUAUUAUCUGUUUUCCACUGAAUCUGCUGAAAGUAUUCUAGCAAUCACUAUUCUAGAUAUUGGUACUGACAAUCUUAUUUGGAUGCCAGAUAGGAAAGGACAAUUCUCAGUGAAGAGUGCUUAUAAUGUUAUAUCUAGUCACUCUAAUGCUAAUACAGGUGCACAAGUUGUUCCAUCUCAGCAUGGUUCUCUAAAGAAUUGGGUUAUCUCUUGGUUUUCUGCAGGAAAUAACCUUAUCUUUGGAUCAGGUAUUACUAGGAAAGAAAUAAAUAAGUUACUUAUGGUGUUGAGACGGAAACCUCCAGAUUGUGGUUACAUUAAAAUAAAUUUGGAUGCAUCUUUUCUGCAAGAAAAUUUUCAAGGUGGUAUAAGACUAAUUGCAAGAAAUUUUGCAGGCAAAAGCAUUGGUGCUUAA